AUGCUGCCCUCGGCUCCUGCCCGCCACCUCCAGCGACUGCUCCUGCUGCUCUUGCCCCCGCUGCUGCUACUGCCGCCCCCCGCGGCCCCCGGCUCCCUGGCCCGCCGGGCCCCCGCGGCCCCGUCCCGCCCCCGGACCUGGGGGACCCGCGGGCCGGCCGGCAGUCCCGGGCGCGGCCCCAACCCUACCGGCCAACCUGGCGGGGCCCACCGCGCAGGCGUUUGCCAGAGCAGACCCUUGGACUUGGUCUUCAUUAUCGACAGUUCUCGUAGCGUCCGGCCCUUGGAGUUCACCAAAGUGAAGACCUUCGUCUCUCAGAUAAUUGACACGCUGGACAUUGGCGAGGCGGCCACGCGGGUGGCGGUGGUGAACUACGCUAGCACUGUGAAGAUGGAGUUCCAUCUCCACACUCACUCAGAUAAGCAGUCCUUGAAACAGGCCGUGGCUCGCAUCAAGCCCUUAUCGACAGGCACCAUGUCCGGCCUGGCCAUCCAGACAGCCAUGGAUGAAGCCUUCACGGUGGAGGCAGGAGCUCGGCGGGCCACCGCCAACAUACCUAAAGUGGCCAUCGUUGUGACCGACGGGAGGCCCCAGGACCAGGUGAACGAGGUGGCAGCCCGGGCUCGGGCCUCUGGUGUAGAGCUGUAUGCGGUGGGCGUGGACCGGGCGGACAUGGAGUCCCUCAGGAUGAUUGCCAGCGAGCCCCUGCAGGACCACGUUUUCUACGUGGAGACCUUCGGGGUCAUCGAGAAACUGUCUUCUCGAUUCCAGGAAACGUUCUGUGCUGUGGAUCCCUGUGUGCUUGGCACGCACCAGUGUCAGCAUGUGUGUGUCAGUGAUGGGGAGGGUAGCCACCACUGCGAGUGCAGCCAAGGAUAUACCUUGAAUGCUGACAAGAAAACCUGUUCAGCUACUGACAAGUGUGCUCUUAACACUCAUGGAUGUGAACACAUUUGUGUGAAUGACAGAACUGGUGACUAUCACUGUGAGUGCUAUGAAGGUUAUGCCCUGAAUGAAGACAGGACAACUUGUUCAGCUCAAGAUCAAUGCGCUUUCGGAACACAUGGGUGUCAGCACAUUUGCGUGAGUGACAGAGCUGGGUCGCAUCACUGUGAAUGUUACGAGGGCUACAGGCUGAAUGAAGACCAACACACAUGUUCAGUACUCAACAAGUGUGCUCUGGGCACGCAUGACUGCCAACACAUUUGUGUGAGUGACGGGACAGCAUCCUACCACUGCGAUUGCUACCAGGGCUAUACCUUGACUGAAGAUAAGAAGACCUGUUCAGCCAUCGAAGAAGCACGAAGACUCAUUUCCACUGAAGAUGCUUGUGGGUGUGAAGCCACACUGACAUUCCAGGAGAGGGUCAGCUCGUAUCUCCAGAGACUGAACACAAAACUUGAUGACAUUUUGGAGAAGUUGCAAGUAAAUGAAUAUGGACAAGUACAUCGUUAAACCACUCAGAAUUGCCACCUGGAAAUAAGGAGAGCUCAGCAUAUUUAAUAUUCAGUUAUGUUUCCCCAUACUUCCUCAGCAUCUCCAAUGUGCCUGCUAAGAGUCUGUUAUUGCAAAUGUUUGAAUAUUACUGGCUGCCUAGUAAGAGGACCUUCAAUUGAAUUGGUUUCUUUUUUGCAAGGGAAAAAAAGGCCAUAUGCUUAUUACGUGUGUCUAAACUAUGACUGUGAAAUGGCUGGCA